AUGAUUGUGACGGCUGUGGUGGCUUUACUGUGCGUGGCAGGAGCGUACGCUUCCUUCCUGUGGUUGUUCCACUAUAUUUUGGCGCCUCUGUGCGGGAUUGUGUGCGGUUCGAUUCGCUGUCUGCUGCUGCGGGAGAAACUCUACGAUCGCUACGGACCGUGGGCGGUUGUCACCGGAGCCACCGAUGGAAUUGGUAAAUGUUAUGCGGAAAUUUUGGCCCGAAAAGGGUUGAAUAUCUUGUUGAUCUCCCGGACGGAGUCCAAACUGAUUAAGGUGGCCUAUGAGAUCGAACAAAAGUACGGAGUUAAAACCAGGUGGAUUGCGAUUGAUUUCUCCAACGGGCCGGAGAUUUACGAUAAAAUACGGGAGCAGCUUGUUGGGUUCGAAAUUGGAAUGCUGGUGAACAACGUGGGAUUCCUGCCCCAGCUUGGGUUAUUCGAUCGGAUGCUUGAGUCGGACCUGCUGGACUUGAUUCACAUUAACAUGAUGUCAAUGGCAAUGAUGACAAGAAUCGUCCUACCCGGGAUGAAGGCUCGCCGGAAGGGAAUUGUGAUCAACAUCGCAUCGACUUCCGCUACCGUGCCGUCACCAUACAUGGCAGCCUACGGAGCCACCAAGUCGUUCAUGAACAGUUUGAGUUUGGCUCUGCAGGAAGAACUGCGAGGAUCCGGCGUUGAAUGUCAGCUGGUGACGCCGGCCAUGGUCAAGACGAAUCUCAGUGCAACAUUCUACGACAAAAUGCCCUGGUACGUGUUUGUGCUGAGUGCAGAGCAGGUUGCCAAGAACGGAGUGUUUCUGAUUGGAAAGAGCUGGCACACUUGUGGGCAUUGGUUCCACUGUUUACAGCCAGCCAGUGGUUUUAUCACUAUAAUUUUAGACGAAAAAUUUGUACCGUUUUCGAUUUUCCUGACCGCGUUUACGACCCGGCUGACCGGAGCUGAGCUGCGCAGUAGCUGCGCUGGCAGCGGAGUGACUCCGAAUGGGGCUGGUCAGGAAUCGACCGGCCCCAGAACUUCGAUAUAA